GUCCCUGGAGGAUUCAGUUUCUUUAUAAAUUUAAGCUUAAAGGCGGAAUCACAGUUAAAUACGAUCUUAUAGCGAAACUAAGUUAGCUAAAAAUUAGCUAGCUGCAGGCUAAAGUGAGAGCUGUCACAGAAAGUUAGCGCUAGCUGGAUAAUGAAGAGCUCGAGCUGACCGACAGUGUCCCUAAAGAUAUCUGUGGUUCUUUUAAUACGUUUUCUGUGUGCUGGUUGACUAGAGUGUUGUGAACAGGUCGCUGGAUGUUACGUUUGCUGGCUACCAGAGGACACUGGACAACUAUGACCAUUAAAUAAUCUUUUUUAAGACUGUGUGUUCACUGAACUUUUAGCACUAUAGAGGGUCUGCUAAUAAGUGCGCAUUUUUAUUCAUAAAUUUGUGGAGCUGUACGUGACUAACACUGCGUGAGGAAGCAAUCCAAACCGUGUGCGUGGCACAGUCACUGGAGUUGGCAAGCAUUCAGUUUGUGAUGCAGAAAAUCCAUGAAAAAGUUUUAGACAAGUUUUACACUGCUGGAAAUGCAGCGAAUGGGACACAAGUUAGGCAGUCAUUUAAGCUAUUUAUCACAGAGAAUAUUCAAUCACUACGUUUCAGUUUCAUUUCUAAUGUGCAGCUGUCACUUUAGAAAUAAACAGCAUCUCUGAGAUGUCUCUCAUCGAUGAGAAAUCCAUUAAAAAAUAAAGCAGCAGAUGAACUGUGAAAUAUCCAAGAGUUGCAGAUUCAACAACACGUCUCUGUUUUCCAUAUCCUGUCAGUCUACUGCCUCUACAGAUUACAGAUCGCAGCACAGAUGAACAAAAUCUUGUAUUUUAUGCAAAAUAACAAUAAUGUGUAUAUCUUUGUAUAAUUAAAACAACUUACUGAAAUCGAUAAAUACUUUAGUCUUUAUUUAUAAUCCUGUUUUAUAGACUAAGGCUGGUAUCAGUUUUUACACUUUUGUUGGGCAGAUUCAGGGUAAAGGUCUAAACUCGUUCAGUCACAUUUUGACGUGUGACUGAACAAAAAACUGGAUCCCAAAUAUCAGAAUAAAGUAAAUAAACGGACACACACACACAAAGUAUCAGCAUCUGCCGUCAGUGAAUGUCAUCUUAUUUGCAGACAGACUGAUGGGUAUUAUGGCCAAAAAGCUUGAUGAUGUCCUGUUGGUACAGGGUCCCACCUUCAGUGAACAUAAUUUUCAUCACUUUUCAGAGAUGAAUCUAGACAGGAUCUACAUGGAUUACAAUGCUACUACCCCUCCAGAAUCAGAGGUGAUUCAGGCCAUUUCUGAAGCCCUCCAGGAUGCCUGGGGAAACCCGAGUAGCAACUAUAUAGCAGGUGCUAAAGCUAAGGCUAUCAUCAAUCAGUCCAGAGAAAAUGUGGCAAGAAUGGUUGGAGGGAAAGCAGAGGACAUCAUUUUUACCUCUGGCGGAACUGAGGCCAAUAAUCUGGUGCUGCACACCGCUGUAGAGCACUUCAGGAAACACUGCAGGGCUGCAGAACAGGGUGCAGGACACCAGAAUGGAUGCACGGGCCUUCCUCACAUCAUCACUUCUAAUGUGGAGCAUGACUCAGUCAAACUAGUUGCUCAGCACCUUGAAAAGGAAGGAAAAGCAGACGUGACUUUUGUGCCCGUGUCUAAGGUGACAGCCCGGGUAGAGGUGGAGGAUAUCAUUGCUGCUGUGCGCCCCAACACUUGUCUCAUCUCUGUUAUGCUGGCCAACAAUGAGACAGGAGUCAUUAUGCCGCUUCAGGAGAUCUGCCAAAGAAUAAAGUCUCUGAACAAGCAGCGUGAGCGCCUCAGGAUCCUGCUCCACACAGAUGCUGCUCAGGCGUUGGGGAAAAUCCGAGUUGAUGUCAGUGAUCUGGGAGUGGAUUACCUCACCAUAGUGGGACACAAGUUCUAUGCCCCUCGCAUUGGUGCUUUGUAUGUGAACGGCCCUGGGACAAAAACUCCAUUGUAUCCAAUGCUUUUUGGUGGAGGACAGGAGAGGAACUUUAGGCCAGGCACAGAAAACACACCGAUGAUUGCCGGUCUUGGAAAGACAGAAGACUGCCUGAGAAACCUCCUGCGUUUGGCUGAACAACAUUUUUACAUUCUAUGGGAACAUUUUUGGCUUUUUUUGCCAGACAGAAAGCUAGGAGGAACAACAUGCAGGGAACACUUUGGGGUGGAAUCGAAGUCAGACCUUUGCAGUCUUUUGGCACAUGGGUCACAUCUGCUGCCAAGUGAUUGUCCUUUUUUGCUUUAUUGAAUAGUAAGCAGGUGUGGAGGUGUUUCUAAUAAAGUGCUUGGUAAUUAAAUAGCUGUAGCAGUGUGCCUCUUUUAAAGCUACCUAUUUAU